UGCUAACAGACCAAAAAUCAGAAACCCUAAAAACAACAAAAAUGGAACCAGGAGGGCAAAGCUUAGCUCUAACCACCACCACCAUAGCCAUUCAAAUCUUAACCUUCAGCCUAAUCUUUUCGUUCAGCUUCGCUCUCCUCGAAACCCCACAAGAACCAACCAUACACCAAGUCACUGAAAAUUCAGAUAUCCCAACUCUGAAGACCAAAUUCACGAGAAACCACGUCCACAAACAGUUCCGAGUUUUCAUGGUAACGUACGGAAAAAACUACUCAACCAGGGAGGAGUACAUGCACCGCCUCGGGAUCUUUGCGAAGAACUUGGUGAGGGCUGCUGAGCACCAGCUGCUUGAUCCUACGGCUGUGCAUGGUGUGACUCAGUUUUCUGAUCUAUCUGAGGAGGAGUUUGAGAGUCUUUACACUGGUUUCAAGGGACCCACUGUGGCGGCACCAUUAUUGAGGGAUGGUGUUGGUGGUGAAGCAGAGGUGUUGGAGGUUGAUGGGUUGCCUGAGAGCUUUGAUUGGAGAGAGAAAGGAGCUGUAACAGAGGUUAAGAUGCAGGGUACUUGUGGAUCAUGUUGGGCAUUUAGCACCACAGGAGCUAUUGAAGGAGCCAACUUUAUUGCAACAGGGAAGCUUCUAAAUCUAAGUGAACAACAGCUUGUAGAUUGUGAUCACAUGUGCGAUAUAAAGGAUAAGGAUGCGUGCGACAACGGUUGCGGUGGAGGCCUAAUGACGAAUGCCUACAAGUAUUUGAUCGAGGCAGGAGGCUUAAUGGAGGAGAGUGCAUACCCCUACACUGGGGAACGCAAAAAAUGCAAGUUCAACCCUGAGAAAGUAGCUGUUGAAGUUGUGAAUUUCACUAACAUCCCCAUCGAUGAAAACCAAAUCGCCGCAAAUUUAGUCCUUCGUGGCCCUUUAGCCGUUGGGUUGAAUGCUAUCUUCAUGCAAACCUACAUAGGAGGGGUGUCAUGCCCAAUAAUAUGUGGGAAGAGGUGGAUCAACCAUGGAGUAUUACUAGUGGGUUAUGGGGCAAAAGGGUUUUCAAUUCUAAGACUUGGGAAUCAACCCUAUUGGAUCAUAAAGAACUCAUGGGGCAAACGGUGGGGAGAACAUGGCUAUUAUCGCAUUUGCCGAGGCCAUUCCAUGUGUGGAAUCAACACAAUGGUCUCAGCAGUGGCAACCCAAGUCUACUGAAAUCAUCGUUUUCAUUUUGUUUAGUAUAGUAAUUUUCAAUUAUAUUUCCUAGUGAUAAGAAGUAACAUUUCUAAAUUAGAUUAAUCAACAUAUAUGUAUUUUCUAUUGAAGAACUGAUUAUGAAGAAGUGACCUAUAUCUAAAUCGAUCAA